UAUUUUUAGUUUCUUUUCCACCCGCAGCCUUUUCUUUGUCACUGAAAAUUUUUGUGGUGAGCUGCUAUCAGCCCUUCCUGCCCUGUGCACAGGCAGCUGCUCCAGUGGUGUGUGACCAAUGGUUACAAAAACCCCCUAAAAAUACAAACAAAUUAGGUUUUGGGAUAAAACCCUGCAGCUGGGUAGGUUAAUUGCAAGAACACUUUUUUUUUUAUAUUUUUAUAUUAAAAAAAACCUUAAAACGGGCUGACGGAAACUGUACUUCAUCCUUGUAGAAUCCCUGAGGGCUGUUCUGGGGUGCCCUGAUGUCCUGGAACAGAGUCAUGUCCAGCAGUGUUUCCUCCAACUACACACUAAAAAGAAGCAUUUUGGACAAUCUAUCUCCCUAACUGAGAAAAAAAAUCCGGAAAUGCUGGAAAAGAGGAUGAAGUGAUGCCAGGAGCAGGUUGUGCCUCAGCAUCGGGCUUGUUCCCACAGAGCAGACACAGGUGACAGGGUUUGGGAUGGGCCCAGGGGCUGCGGGGAGGUGGUCUUAAAUUUUGUUUGGAGAAAAUUUCAAUUUCAGGGAGAAGUUUUUAAGUGCAGGAGAAAACUGAAGAGAUUUUAGUAAGGGGAGAUUAUUUUAAGUGGGAGGAGAAAAACUUAAUUUUGGAGAGAAAAUAUUAAUUGAAAAGAAAAUAUUAAUUGAGGGGGAGAAGAUGUUAAUUCAGGGAAAACCUUUCAUGGGGAGAAAAGUGUGCAAUGGAGGAAACUUUAAUUAUAGCAGAAAAUUUUAAUUGCAGGGAGAAAUUGUUACCUGAGGAGACUUUAAUAGGGGAAGAUUUUAAUUGGUGAAGAAAACUAAUUUGGGGUGGAAGUUUUAUUGUGGGGAGAAGACUUGACUUACAGGGAGAAAAUUUUAACUGAGGGGAGAAAAAUAUAAUUAGGGGGAUAAAACUAAUUAUGGGGAGAGGAAAUUUUAAUUGUAGGGACAAGAUUUUAAUUGUGUGAGAAAACUUCACCUGGGGAGAAAAGUUGAAAUAUGGUGCCGGGAGAAAAUUUUAAAUGGGGAGAAAAUUUUUAUUGAGGACCAAAAGCCUUCAUGACACCUCUGAUAGUUGGAACUUUGCUUGGCAGGUGUUUGUUCCACCUGUAGAGGUGGAAGCCUGGAAAUGGAGGAAACGAGAGUUUAUUCAGGACUUUCGGGCAUGGCAAGGAGCAAGCGGGCAGGUCACAGCGUGGAGAUGAAGCCAGAGGCACGUGUCACCUGCCAGGUGAUGCUGGCAAUGCUUUUCACAGCUCUGUUCAUCACAGCCAUCGCUUUUGCAGUGCAGGCUCUUCAGCCUCAUGCCCAGCCCUGCUCUCAGUGUCCCUUUGACUGGAUCAGAUACAGAGGAAAAUGCUACUAUUUUUCUGAGGUUGAGAGGAACUGGACAUCCAGCCAGGACAACUGCUCAGCGCUUGGUGCUUCUUUGGCCAUGCUGGACAGCAUGGAGGACUUGAGCUUUGUGAUGAGAUACAAAGGCAUCUCAGAGCACUGGAUUGGCCUUUUGCGGGAGGAUGAGGAGCAGCCAUGGCAAUGGGUGAACCGCUCACCUCUGUCUCAGCUGUUUCGGAUCCGUGGUGGUGGGCUCUGUGCUUAUCUGGAUGACAAUGGGCUCAGUUCUUCCCACUGCAGCAUUGAGAGGAGCUGGAUUUGUAAUAAACAUGAGCUGAAAAUCUCAAGCAAUAGCAACAGGACAAGAAGGCCUCCAAACCUCUGUGUCAGCUCCCUGGGUGCCGCAGGGAGGCCUUCUCACUCCCAGAUAUUUGGUGCACCAUAGGUACAUGAAAGAAAACCUCAAAAAGGUUUUGAAUCCCCUGGGCAAGGGGCUAUUGGGGGUUCAAGGGGACCAAGAAGGCGUUUCUGGGACAAGGCAGCCUUUGGGGAUCCACAUGAGAUAGUUCUUGAGAAUAUGGGGGGUGGGGUGAGGGGACAGGGCAGCCCUGGGG